GUGGUGUGUGUGGAGGUGGUGGCGUUGCUAAGGGGGCUGCUCUUUCUGUAUGCUUUACAUGCUCGAUUUGGGAAAGUGGAAAUAUGAUCACUGCUCCUGAUGUUGUGGCUCUUACCCAUGAAGAUGACUACGGGGAGCAGUAUAAUGAUGAUUCGAUGCCCCCUUUCCAAUUUCAAUCUGAAAAUCCCUGGUCCAAGACGGCCACGGCUAAAUUCGAGAAGGAUUUCAUUCUGAUUUCCGAGUUUUCCGAGCAGGUAGGCCCUCAGCCUUUGUUAACCAUCCCAGACAAUGCCCGCGGUAACUUUGAUCUCAACUAUUUCUCUCUCAGGAUCAUGUCUGUGGAUUAUCAAGCCUCCUUUGUCGGUCACCCCCCUGGUACCAGCUAUCCCAAGCUCAAUUUUGUCGAGGACUCCAAGGUAGUUCUAGGGGACUCCAAGGAAGGGGCUUUCGCCUACGUCCAUCAUUUGACUCUGUACGACUUGGAGGCCAGAGGGUUUGUCAGGCCAUUCUGUGUGGCUUACAUUUCUGCUGAUGAAAACAAGAUUAUGCAGCAGUUCCAGGAACUUUCAGAUGAUUUUUCUAAAGCCUCGGAGUGUUUGAAAACUGGAAACAGGAAGGCGUUUGCCAAUGAACUGGAAAAGAAACUUCAGGAUUUAGAGUACACACGAAAUGUGCUACACAAUGAAACAGAAAUCCAGAAACGAUCUAAUGAUAAAGGAUAUUACUCGUCUGUAGCAAUUGAAAAAGCUAAUGAAUUAGCCAAUGUGGAAAAGUGUAUAAUCGAACAUCAAGAUCUCUUAAUGCAGAUAAGAACUUACUCUCACAAAAAAUCACAAGAUGCAGACUAUUUCUCCUAUGAGCCAGAAUAUGGCAUGCAACAAUCUGAUGUUGGUUUGGAACAACUGUCAAACACUGAUGAAUUGUGUGAAAAAAAUAGCUUUUCUGAUAGAAGAUCUUACACACCCAAGUUCACAAGAGCUAAAUCAGCAAAAUGCUUUGAAAAAAAGUUGAAAACCUUAGAAGAACUUUGUGAUAGUUACUUUUUUAAUCAAACUCUGGAACAGCUUAAGCAGGUAGAGAAAUUCUUCAGAGGUGAUGUAUGCUAUUUGAUUACCAGUCAGAUUGAAAAAAAGUUGCUUCAACAUCAGCGGUUAACCUCCUUUCUGUUUGAAGACCCACUACUCUUCACUGAUGUAGAACAAACUGAAAAGCAACUGCGCAGUGAUAAACUGCUUCCAGCUUUUAACAUUCUCAGUCCCAAGCUUUUAGUACACCCCUGCUUAUCAAAUGAAGCCACAAGCUUUGAAUCAUACAAGUCUUGUGUGGAGUCUGUGCCUAUUAAAUUGGAUCAGCAAGUCAAUGCAGAGAGUUACCAUGGGACAAUUGCAGAAUCUAUACCAUGUAAAAAUCCUCUAGCAUCUUCAGACUAUCUUGAAUUGGAAGGGAAAGAAAAAGGAAGUAUUAGUAGUGGUGAAAGCAUUGAAGUGCUCGGUACAGAAAAAUCCUGCCCAGCCCCAGUAUUUUCUAAGUCUGAGAGCCAAACAAACCUGCAAUGCCAGCAUCCAGAAACUGGAAGGCGGAAAUUUGUUGUCACCAAGCGUACAAACAGUGAGGACAGCAUUGAAGUUCUCAGUACUACUGAAGCCCUGAUACCUGAAGAUUUCAAGGCCACCUACCCGAGUGCAAUAUAUGAAGAACCAGCUUUAGACAAUGAAGAAGAGAAACAGCUGAGCACUGAUCUUAUGCAGCCUGAUGCAAACCUGGACCAAGGUAAUAGCUUCAGCAAGGCAGAUUUUGAAAAUACUAUAACUCUGCCUGUUUUACCUGAGGCUGUAGACUCUACGUGUUGUAUUGGGAAAGAGAGCCCCAGUUUUACUAAAUCAGUACCUACAUUUGUAACAGAAGAAUAUAAUGGAGUAGUCAAUGUUCCACCACAACGCAGUAAAACCAUGGAUCAAAUAUUCCAUAGUGAUUUAUCACAGCAAGUUGAGGGAAAUGGAUUAUAUUGUGCUGAUGAUCGAGUAUUAUCUAACUGUGAAAAGCAGUACAAUGAUGUACCUGGCAUAGGAGAAAUAGCUCAAAUUCCAGCUGAUGAGUAUUUGGAUAACAUGAGUUAUAUGAGUGCAUCAUUAUAUUCUGACAGGACUCCAUCUCCAGCCUUGUCAAACUGUCCAACAAAAAGACUUUCUGGAAAGCACAAGAAGCAGUCUGGGAAGAAUUCGCUAUGGUUUAUAAGACAAUAUUCUUUUGCACAACAGGCAAUUUUUUCUUUAUUGUCUGGCCGGACUCUUGUAAUAGUGGGUGAGCAAGAAGGAAAAGUCAAAAAGCUUGUCAAUGCUUUGUCAACAUUUGUCCCCCAUUGUGGCAGGGAUUCAGACUCAAUAAAGCAGUGGGUAACAUUUCCUUUGCAGAUCAACCAUUUACAGACCUGGAAACUCAUAGGACUUCAGAGAACAGCUUCUCCUCUGGGUACCAGUAUUUUGCACUCCUUGAAUCGGUACAGUCGCUAUAUCAGCAUACUAGACUGUGACAACAAAACUCUGCGUUGCCCACAAUAUAAAGGACAGCUAAUCACCAGGCUGGCAGACCACAGGACUCAGAUAAAGCGGGGCAGCACAUAUUACAUGCAUGUCCACAAUAUGUUGACCCAACUGUGUUCCCAAGCAUUUCUCUAUGCUUUCUGUCAUCAUCUGCACCUUCCCAUUGAUGAAAGAGAAACCGAAGAAUUAGUCACAUAUCGAAGGGUAAACUUUUUAAAGCACCACCUGGGCUUGACGAAUGAUGAUAGCAAGAUUGUACAAUACUUUGCAGAAUUGAUAAAGAUGCACUACCUACAUGAACCUGGAAAGGGCUUAAAUCCAGUUCUACGAUUUAACUACACCUCCAGUGGCGUGUUUAAGAUCUAGUUCUGCCACAUUCUCCAUUCAAUGCCGACAUUUUAAUUUGUACUUUGAUUACAGAAAAGCAUGAUCUAUUUCUGUUGGUUUUUCUUACAUUGCUGUACUGUCAUCUGCACUGUGAAAAUUCAUCAGUCUGACUAUGGCAGAUAAAGAAAGAUUCAGCGUUUCCUAUUUGGUGUUGUAGUGAUGAGCAUUUACAGAUCUGGUAAACUGAAGUUUUUUUCAACCCAGUGUCCCAAGUUGUAUUUUUAAAACAUAGCAAGCUUGAGGCAGAAAAUCUCAGAUGAUGUAAUACACUGAGGGGAAUAGCAUGCUGCAGUUUCCUGAGUCCUAGAUGAAAUAAGAACUCAUAGUUCUUAUUUAAGUAUCUAAGUCUUUAGAUCUAUUCAUCAACAUAUUGGGUGAACAGGAAAAUUGAAUUCCAGGUCAAGGUGUUACUAACUGUAGUUCAGAUAAAGCACUACACCAAAUGGAGCUCUGAAACUGAAUAUCACUCUGUCAGAGGCCUCUGAGAUGUAUACUGGCUUGAGAUUGACAGAGCUGCUGGGUGAAUUUUAGGAGUAAAGGACAUGACAAAUAGUGGCUAAACUUUCAGAACAAUAUUCAGCCUGUCUAUCAGAUUGUGUUUUGAAGAUUUUGUCGAGGCGGGGGGCUUGGAGGAGUAUAUGCCAGUUUACCAAGUCAGCUGUAACGAAACAACAGUGACUUUGACUUUGAACUGCCAAAUGUGACCUCUAGAUUAUCGUUGAGGUGUUGGUUGUGUUGAAGCAGUAGCAUAAUAACAAGAUUGCCUGUUGUUCUCCAGUAUAAAAUGUGAAAAAUAACUCUGUUAUAGUCCUGGAAAUAAAUUUAGCUUUUUUAAUAGGAUGUGGUAGAUUCCAUGUCUGAUAUAAGGGUAAAGUGAUAAGGUUAAAUACCUCAUAGUAUUAUGGCAGUAGAUGCUUUUUCAUGAUGCAUGAUUUUAUGAUUGUUCAUUCACUGUUGUCAACAAAUAUGAUUGAAAUCUCCUAAUCUUGUCUCCAGUAGCUUACACUGUGCCUGGAUCUGUAUGUAAUCUGCAUGCUGCCAGUAUGUGAGCAGAUCUCAUUGUGGAUUUGCAAUGCCAGCACCUGGCCAAGUUUCGCCAGUGGUAAAUGCUUAUUUAUUAGCAGCCCAUUCUUGGGAAGGGCAAGGAGAUAGAAUAGAAAUAAACUCAUUUACAUGUUAAAGUUAGCCCAACCACUUGAUUCAAUCCAGAGUGUUGCAAUACCCAUUUUUCUCCAUCAGCACUUUGCUUAGUUUCAGAGGGAAAUGAAAUGCUGCAUUGGGUUUGCAAAAGAUUUGCAUUUAAAAUGGAAAAUGGCUGUUUGUUUAGUUUUGUCGAUGGUUUCAUUCAACAUUUUAAUUAGGGGUGAAAAGUGCUCCAUUUCAAGAUGUGGUCACAUUGUAUAAAUGGAGUUUUUCACUUUGUUCAUUUGAAUACUGCUAAGUGGAUGCCUCUAUAUAUGGUGUUAUAAUGGCGGCUAGUUAGAGAAAAAGUUCUGGUUUGCUCUUCUAUUCCUUCAAGUAGAAUGAUUGAGGGCUGUGUACAGAUAUUUUUGCCCUCUUACUCGGGAAUGGCAUGCAGCAAAUAUGGUCCUGAAAAGUAAAGGAAGGAAAAUAAUGCUGCAUCGUUUUGCAUUCCAAAAAAUAAAGAAUAAACCCUAAUCACGUUGACAGUAUGACUGACUAAUACAAAUCCCAAGUCUUUGAUCUGACUAGGCUGCCACAGACUGAAAUAAUACAACCCUAUUAUUCCUUUUUAUGUAGAUCCAACAACCAAGAAAAGAGAAUUUUAGUAUCUACUUGGAUUUCAAAAGAAUUUUUGGAUCGUGUCGAAA